GCGUCGGACUAUCUCGUUUGGGAUGAGCAGCCGGCGAAGUUUCCAGGGGGUGAGAAGACCCUUUCUGUGGCUGCCGGCACCGGAUGCUGGAACACAGAGGACGUUGAUCUUCUUCCAUGGCAAUGCAGAGGACACGAUGUGAAGGGAUCCGUGCAACAGCAUGAGAUGGCAAGCUUCUGGUCUGUUCGCUGCUGUGUGAUGAGCCGACGGCUCAAUAGUCUAGUGUACUUUGCCUCGCUGCGUCCUGCGGCGUGCACUAUGCUGCCCACCGCCUUUGAUGUCCUCAAACUUGUGCUGGCCCUUGCGCCCGCGUUCGCCGUGGGCUUGGCCGUGUUCCGGCAGUCGAAGUUGGUGGCAGCUUUUGCCCAGCUCAACGACCUGCAAGAACGUGGAGAUCGGCAGCAGGCGCUGGCAAAGAAAGCCAUCGAAGUGGACAAGGAAUGGUUCAUGAUCGGUGUGACUAACAUGGUUCUCAGCGCAUACAUCGUCGGCGCCUUUCCGCCGCUCUACUUCCUCUACUUCACACCCAAGGUCCUGUCUCUGAUCGGCCUUCGCUUGGUGAAGUUCUAUCGACGGAAGCAGCAUUUCCUUCUUUGGGACUUCUGCUACUGGGCGAACUUUCUCUGCAUCUUCUACUGCUGGGUGAUGCCCAAGUCCCCCAGAGUCUUCCGCGUGGUCUUCAUGUGCGCGAACGGUCCGCUGGCAUGGAGUGUGCUGGCCUUCAACCACGCCAUGGUCUUCCACUCCUAUGCGCACAUGACCUCGGUUGUGGUGCACGUUUCUCCCCUCCUGCUGUCCUAUGGCAUCCGCUGGAGCGCUGCGCCCGUUUCCGAAGAUUCCCUCGGGUCCCACCACUUUCGAGUCUGUGAGAGCCAGGAGGCCUGCAAUGAGAUUUCAGCCUUUCAGAUGAUCUGGGAGACCCUGACAGGCUUCUACUUGUGGUGGCUGGUUCUCUACUACGUUUGGAUCUUUAUCGCCUUGGGCUCCUACAUCGAGAAGCACUCCUACCAGACACUCUGGGAUCGUAUCCUGGUCAUGAAGCCCGUCGGCCCCUUCUUGCAGAACAUGCUCAAAAAGUUUCCGAAGCUUCUCGUGCAGCUCGUCUACCUCCUGAUCCAUCUCGCCUUCUCUGUAGCCACCAUGCUUGUGGCGGUGCUGAUGUGGCGCUCCCAAAUCGCGCACUUCACGUUCUUAUCAGCCAUUGUCCUCUCCACGAUCAAGAACGCUGGUGACUUCUACAUGGACGUCAUCAGCAGCCAGUACGAAGAAGCUGCAAGCAACGCCAAGGUUCCAGUGAGCAAGAAGAUCCUUAGCGCCUCAGGGGCUCUUGCCGACGUCAUGCUGGGAAAGUGA